AUUACAGUAAUCACAAAUGGCCGCAUUCUUACAGUUGAAGAACAUAUGGAACUCAUACAAUUCUCGGCCAAGAGCGAAGACAGAAUAUUCAAUACGAAUGUUAAACCAGUCCUACUGUACGGAGCUGAAACGUGGAGAACUACUAAAACCAUCAUCAAGAAUGUACUAGUGCUUACAAAAGAUCGUCUACGUAGGAUACUCAAUAUUUGUGGGCCGGACACUAUCAACCACAACCUACUGUAGGAGAGGACGAACCAACUUCCAGCUGAACAGUAACUGAAAAAGAGUGUUGGAAGUGGAAAGGACACACAAGAAUCAUCAAACUGCAUCACGAAGCAAGCCGUAAAUUUGAAUCUUGAAGGGAAUCGGAAAAGAGCAUUGCCGAAGAACACACUGAGUCGGGAAUCGAAAGCAGACAUGAAAAGAAUGAAUAGCAAUCGGAAAGGAUUGCUUAAGACAGGGUUGAAUGGAGAGCGUUGGUAAGAGGCCUAUGUUCCUCCACGAGGAAAAACAGGCGUAAGGAUGUAAGAAAGUAUAGUAUUCAUAACCUUGGUGUAACUGAAACUUGAAAAUUACAACCAAGGUGCUAGGCCCUGCUUAAAAAAUUACUUGUACAUCCUGGAAAAAGUACAGAGUGGAGCUAGCUGUAAAAUCCCAGAACCCCGGGGUUUACCAUACAAAGAGCGGUUUGAGAAGCCAGAUCUAUUUACUCUGUCCUUGAGUAGAUUAAGAGAUGUCUUUGAAUGUCGUUAACCAGAUCAUAUCACAAUUGACAAGCCAUGGGACAUUUAACCAGGUUUUCAGAGGAAUCCAAGCUGUUUCAGUAACAGAUAAUUGCCUGACGUGUAGGUUCAAAGUUACGACUUCUGAAGCCAAUUCACUAAACACUUUACAUGGUGGAUACAUCCUUGGGGCUAUCGACUUUAUAACUUCUGUCGAUCUGAUGAGAUUAGGGUGUAUGAAGCACGUCAGCGUUAAUCUUGAAGCAUCAUUUAUAAACCCGGGAAAACUGGACUCAUGGAUUAGGUCAGAUUCAUAUGUACUAAAGAAAGGGCAGCGUAUGGCCUUCUGUGAAAUCAAAUUCGUGAACGAACAGUCAGGAGAACUAGUUGCACGUGGAACUCAUACGAAAUACAUAAUAGACGAGAUAAACUUAUCUCCUAAGAAGUAGUAUUGUUAACCUCUCGUUUCUUCGAUCCUUCUUUUGCUUUAUGAUAUGUCACGGUUUGUUAGAAUAAAUAAGUUGGGUGUUUGCUUCUUCAGUCGAGCUUUUAUAUAGCUGAUUGGUUGUACACUUAUAAGUCAAGUUGUUACCAUUCAUAAUACGUCAAAGCCUAUCUUUUGCUGUUAUACUCAGCAUCUACAUUUUACUCAUAAAAGGGAAUUUAUAUUAACCAUUUUCAUAAUAAGCAUCACACAUAUUUCACUUUUAUAAAAGUGUUGAUAUAUACGUAUUUUUACGCAUCCACCCAGAGUCCAGAUAUGGCAAAAGCAUAACUAUAAUUCUUGUCUUUACAGGAAUUACUGAUGUAUGUGGGAUGGUUUCUUAUUACAGAGGCGAAAUUCUGGUUGUUUUGUACCCGAUGAGUGUAAAAUGAUACGAAGGACUGGUCCGCUCAUAUACUUAGCUUGAUGAUAGAAAAUAGACCUGUUGAUUACUUCCAAUUUUUUAUGUUGCGUUAACUAGUUUACACUGUAUACGGUUUUGGUCAAUUAUUAAAAAACAUGUCUCACUUUGAGCCGUUCACCCAGUAGUUGUAGAGUAUAGGAGCUGGACAUAGAUCUAAGGUGCAAGUAUUUAGUUAGUUUCAAGUUAUCUCACAAAUGUGGUAGAACAACAUCAAUCAGACGACAGCUGUGCGUGAGAAGCGACUUAGCCAGUGUGACUGAGUAGUCCGUUAUGCUUAUCGUUACCAAUCUACUCGGACGAAUUACGAUUACUCUGAUAAAGCGUUUAGAUCGUGUGAAAAACCAGCACCACUCAUUUACACCUAUUCCCAGUUUUGCGUACGGCAAAUUUACAGGCUAUCAAGAAAGUUGGUGUUCAUUAGACGAUUCAAAACCUAUCAAGUGUUUGAAUUUGCCCCCCCCCCAUUGCUUAGUUUUUGAGCAAACUUCCGCUAUUCUAGAUGAAUAAAGCAGUGGGCCCACAUAUUCUCAGUCCAAAAAUCCCCUGUCAGACAUGUCUG